AAUUUUUUUUUUAUUAUGACGGAACACAAUUUUAUGCUUUAUCCUUAACUCAGCAUUAGUAUACAUAAAGAAGAAAAAGAAGAAUACUUCACCCAGAUGCCCAGAGAUCUCGGGGUAGCAGAUUUGGGCUUGCUCCCCCGGGAUCGAUACCCCUUGGUGGCUGUGCUCACGCUAGCCCAUCCAGAAACCAGAGAAAGCUACAACAUUGUGGCCAGCGUGACGGUCCUCCACGUUCCUGACGACAAAUACAGACUCUCAGCGAGGAUCCUGUUUCAGUAUCUCCUCACGGCACAAGGGAAUCUGUACGAUCUGAAGCCUCUCUUCAUGUCAGCAGACAACAGCAACUUGUGUGGAACCGCAGAGCCUUCGACUAGCGCACAAGCGGCGGAGCCACAGCCGGAAAGGCCGGGCGAGAAGGGGGAGGAGUCUGAUUCAGAAGGGGAGUGGCCGGAUAGCCAAGGCAGGGACUGCGUGGUGUGUCAGAACGCACCGAUCAACAGAGUGCUGCUGCCGUGCAGACACGCGUGUGUGUGCGACGGCUGCGUGUGCCACUUCCAGCACUGUCCCAUCUGCCGGGCGUUCGUCUUCGAGUCUUUUGCUCUGGCUAACCAACCAGCUCGCGAGGAGGAGGAGGACGAUUUAUCUACAGAAGACUAAACCCGUGUAAACCUAGUAUUAAAAGCAAGCCCUUGCUGGAAAGGCUAAACUCGGAAAGGAUCGUAGCGUCCUCAAGGUAAGAAGAUGCAGGCAGCUGACCUUUGACCCCGAAGUAUGAACUCUUCCAGAAUUCAGUCAGUUAUUCAGUCAGUUUUAGGCUUUUGAAGUUGAAUGUGCCCGUGAGAUGUUUAAUAUAGAGUUUUUAAGUGGAAUAGAAUAUUUAUUUAAACUAACAAAUACACAUUUCAGAAGGAAUCGUUGUGGAGUUUUUAUUACCGCCGAAGGAUUUCGAGAGAUACAGCGAAGGGAGUUUAUUUUAUUUAUUUUUUUUACUCAUUGUCUUUUAAUAUGUGAAAAAGCAGGCCAGGCACACACAGUUUAUAUAACUGAUCACACAGAUUUCUAUAGAGCUGUAUCAUCAUACAAGUCUACACUUGGCCAACGGGUAAAUAUAACUUUUUUUUUUUUUUAUCAAAUUGGGGUAAACAAUGCAUAAACCGAACAGCUGAAGUCACUUGAUGGUAACGAUGGAAAGGGAACAUCAGAAUGCUUUCAAAUGUUUACAAAAAAAACUAUUGCAGUAACUAAAAAAAAAAAAAAAAAAAA